CACAAUCACAACUCUCCAUCCACCAGAAACAUGCAUAUACAAACUCUUCCGUUUCCAUGGACCCCAAUAAGCACCCACCACCUCAUGUCAACACCAAAAUGUGUUACCCUAGACUCAUCAUCGUGGUUGAAACCGCCAAAGAGCCACUCAAUGUCACUCGAGAAGUUAGAAAUAUUAAAGUCACUGGAGGGAUGGGUCUCCCAGCAAGUCCUGCCACUGCUGAAACCCGUGGAGCAAAGUUGGCAACCACAAAGCUUUGUCCCUGACUCAUCACUGCCAUUGGAAGAGUUCAAGGAGCAGGUGAAGGGUCUUCGUGAUCGCACCAAGGAGCUACCAGAUGAGUACUUGGUGGUGUUGGUGGGUGACAUGAUAACGGAAGAAGCGCUUCCCACUUACCAAACCAUACUGAGCAACCUCGAUGGGGUGAGAGAUGAGAGUGGAGCAAGCCCAAACCCAUGGGCUGUGUGGACCCGAUCAUGGUCUGCAGAAGAAAAUAGACAUGGGGAUUUGCUCAAAACUUAUUUGUAUCUUUCUGGUCGUGUUAACAUGAACAUGAUCGAGAAAACUAUCCAUUACCUUAUUGCUUCUGGCAUGCGCUCUGGUUUCGAGAGCAAUCCAUAUUUAGGGUUUGUGUACACGUCAUUCCAAGAGCGAGCGACGUUCGUGGCGCACGGGAACACAGGUCGUCUUGCAAAAGAGGGCGGUGAUCCAGUGCUUGCGCACAUAUGCGGGACCAUAGCUGGAGACGAGAAGCGACACGAGAAGGCGUACACUAGAAUCGUGGAGAAGCUUCUAGAAGUGGACCCCUCAGGAGCAAUGGUGGCCAUAGGGGACAUGAUGGAGAAAAGGAUCACGAUGCCGGCACACCUUAUGUACGAUGGGGAGGACCGCAGGUUGUUCGACCACUACUCUGCAGUGGCGCAACGUAUAGGCGUGUACACCGUUGAUGACUAUGCGAACAUCUUGGAGUUUCUGGUUGGACGGUGGAGAUUGGAAAAGCUAGAAGGUUUGACGGUGGAGGGAAGGAAGGCACAAGAUUUUGUGUGUGGGUUAGCACCCAGGAUCAGGAAGUUGCAAGAGAGAGCAAAUGAGCGAGCACGUAAGAUGAAACCUCGUGCCGUCAAGUUCAGUUGGAUCUUCAAUAAAGAGUUGCUUUUAUGAACUUUCCUUGAGAUUGUGAGAUAGGAUUAAAGGUCACAAAUCACUUAUGGGGCAUCAAACUAUAGGGUAUAUGCUAGCUCCAAACUCUUUCUGUUUAGAAUGAUAUAU